AGUAGGUCAGAGGUAUUUAUGUGCUGCUCCUCUACCCAGAGUUGCAUUUGCCGCUUUUUCUAAGCACUUCUUAGCGAGUUUGAAGUCCAGCAGUACGUCAACACCAAAAGCCUGUUUGAGCCAUCUCCAUUGUUUCAGGACACCAAUCGCUCUCUUCACGCUUGCAGUCAUGACCGGAUCUGAACUGCUUGAGAAGACCAAAAAGAUUGCCGAUAAGAUGGCCAUGGGUCUCAUUAAUGGAAUAGCCGGUUCGAAUGCAGCCAAUUCAGGGAGUGUUGACGGCGUCAGCGGCGACGGUAUUCUUCGGCCGUCAAAAGGCGGCACGUGCCCGCCCCAUUUGGUGAAGAGAAGAGCGGACAAGGAGAGCAUGGAAACCAAGCAGGAAUCAACUGCCGAGAAAAAUUGAUCAUUCGAAGUACCCUAAGGUAGUCUUGAAAAUACUGGCUUACAGUGCUUCAAGAUUAGGAGUGUGGUCCAUUUGAGAUUCAGCUCAAGGGCAAUUACUCCACGUAUUUAUAUCACUUGAGAAGUAGAAAGUGGUUCAUAUCCGGACUAACAACAAUACUCAUUCUUUGAUGAACUAAA